CUUCUCGCGAGAGGCGAGCGCGCCUGGUCGGACGAGAGGAAAGUAUCUGCUCCGCUGAGGGGGGAAAGAAGGAGCUGGAGACAGAUUGUAGGAGCGAGCGCGGGCGGGCGGGAGGCGACGAGCUACCAGCGGCUCCGCUCUGCUAUAUGAAAUAUGGGAGACGACAGACCGUUUGUGUGCAAUGCCCCAGGCUGUGGACAGAGAUUUACAAACGAGGACCACCUGGCAGUUCAUAAACACAAGCAUGAGAUGACAUUGAAAUUUGGCCCAGCCCGAACUGACUCAGUCAUCAUUGCAGAUCAGACUCCUACUCCCACUAGAUUCCUGAAGAACUGUGAGGAGGUGGGACUCUUCAAUGAACUAGCGAGCUCCUUUGAACAUGAGUUCAAGAAAGCUACAGAUGAGGAUGAGAAAAAGGGUACUUCUGGACCUCUUGACAUGUCUCUAGCAUCCACACCAGAAAUCAAAAUUAAAGAAGAAGAGCCAGUAGAAGUAGACUCAUCCCCCCCUGACAGUCCUGCCUCAAGCCCCCGUUCCCCUCCACUGAAGGAGAAGGAAGUUGCCCCAAAGCCUGUUGUGAUCUCUACCCCCACACCCACCAUUGUGCGUCCUGGCUCCCUGCCUCUCCACUUAAGCUAUGAUCCACUUCAUCCAACCCUUCCCUCCCCAACCUCCGUCAUCACACAGGCUCCACCAUCCAACAGGCAAAUGGGGUCUCCCACUGGCUCCCUCCCUCUCGUCAUGCAUCUUGCCAAUGGACAGACUAUGCCUGUGUUGCCAGGGCCUCCAAUACAGAUGCCUUCUGUUAUAUCGCUGGCCAGACCUGUGUCCAUGGUGCCCAACAUUCCUGGAAUCCCUGGCCCACCAGUUAACAGCAGUGGCUCCAUUUCUCCCUCUGGUCAUCCUAUACCGUCAGAAGCCAAGAUGAGACUAAAAGCCAGCCUAACCCACCAAGUCUCCUCAAUCAAUGGUGGUUGUGGAAUGGUGGUGGGUACUGCCAGUACCAUGGUGACAGCUCGCCCAGAGCAGAGCCAGAUCCUCAUCCAGCACCCUGAUGCCCCAUCUCCUGCCCAGCCGCAGGUAUCUCCAGCCCAGCCUACCCCUAGUACUGGGGGACGACGGCGACGCACAGUGGAUGAAGAUCCAGAUGAACGGCGGCAGCGCUUUCUGGAGCGCAACCGGGCUGCAGCCUCCCGCUGCCGUCAAAAGCGGAAGCUGUGGGUGUCCUCCCUGGAGAAGAAAGCAGAGGAACUCACUUCUCAGAACAUUCAGCUGAGUGUGAAAAGCCCCAAGGAAAGCUCAGAACCAACAGGGUCUCCAGCCCCCGUGAUUCAGCACAGCUCAGCAACAGCCCCUAGCAACGGCCUCAGUGUUCGCUCUGCAGCUGAAGCUGUGGCCACCUCGGUCCUCACUCAGAUGGCCAGCCAAAGGACAGAACUGAGCAUGCCCAUACAGUCGCAUGUGAUCAUGACCCCACAGUCACAGUCUGCAGGAAGAUGAUGCCUCCCCUGGUGGAGAGGUCUCAAGCCAGAGCUCACCCGCCCAAGAGCCAAGAGAGAUAAUCUUAUCCGCUCCCAUCAGCCUGGGACGUGGCAGUGCGGGAGGGUUGUGUGUUGGAAGACACAGCCUCCAGAAGGCAGAUGAAUAAUGCAAAUUACACAGACAGACAGAAGGCCUGCAGCACCGAGCUGAGAACCGUCUUGGAGACAAGGGCCCAUGGUGUCCUGGGAACACUCUAGAGAACUUCACAUGUGCUUUAUGCACAUGGGAGACAGAGUGUGAGGAGGAUGCCAGUUACACCAGCCUCUUUCUGAAUGCAGUCUCAGCCCAAACCUGUUCAUUGGUACUCAGUAUUAGGAGGGGAGGCAGCAAGGUGCUGAACAGAGUGGCUGCUCUCUGCAAGGUACUCACUGAAUGUCUCUCCUGCAGCCCGUUUACUGUUCACAACAGCCUCUGAUAACCAGAGGAGUUGGUUUUGGCUUUUUUUUGUUCGUUGUAGUGCUGGAGAAUGAAUCCAGGGUCUUGAACAUGCUUCAUUUUAUUGAUGAUGAACUGCAGUUCAGCCCAUGGGCAGCUUUCCUAGAGGUUCAAAGGCCGGGUGCAACUGUACUAUGGACCUGACUGCUGACCCCAAGAAGGGGAGAAAACAGGGAAGACAAUGGACCCCACCCACAGCAACAUGCCCAGACCUCUGCGUCCCUCUUACGCUCCCUACUUCAAGCCAUGGAGAGAUCUGG